AUGAUUUGGGCCUUCGAAUAUGGAUAUGGGCUUCCCUUUCAAGAUAUCCUUUGUGAAGAAGAAGUAAGCCAUGUCGGGCCUGCCCCAGGGCCCAUACACGGUGAAGAACCGAAGCCCAGUUAUGGAAAGGCCGUAUAUGUGGUUGUAGGUAUGGGCUAUCUCCUCACCGGCCUUUUUGGUGGCAGCGUACAGGCUGGCGGGCCUGUCAGUUUGGUCCUUUUCGGAAAAAGGGACUUUGUUGUUGAGCCCAUAGACCGAGCUGGACGAGGCCCACACAAUCGAGGGCUGUGGAUUGGCCGAUUUGCAGGCCUCGAAAAUAUUCACGAGGCCCGCGAUGUUGCUGGUGACAUAGGACGCGGGAUUUUUCAUCGCGUAACGGACCCCGGCUUGGGCCGCAAGGUGCAUCACGUGCGUGAAGGCCACGAGGUCGAAAAGCUUGAUAAGCAAAUCGGCGUCGUUUAUGUCACCGUUGACCACGAAGACCCCGUCCCGAAGAAGAAGGUUUUGGCGGGCCCGUUUCAGGGCCGGGUCGUAGUAAUUGUUGAAAUUGUCGAGCCCGACUACGCCGUCGCCGCGCCUUCGAAGGGCGGCCGAGACGUGGCUGCCGACGAAGCCGGCGGCGCCAGUGACGAGGACCGAGAGGUGGCCCGGCCCGGCGGAGUGUGA